CACGUGACGCGCGCUGGAUGCGCCUUCCCUGCGUUCGUUCGCCUUCCCCAGGUGUCAUGAUGGCGCCGCCUGACGCGGCGUGCCCAGAGGAAGCCUCGUCGCCCUCGCUCAGUUCUUCCUCGCCUAUAUAAAGGCCUCCACCCCUCUCCUUUGUUCACUUUCCGCGAUCAAGUCUCAGAGCUUUCACCGGUCAAGUUCCUUCUCUUUCGCUAUCCAGCCCUCCGAGUCAAGUAAGUUUCCCCUUCCUUCUCUACUUUCUUUCCCGGUCAUGUCUUCUUUUAGCGAUAGGAUUUCGUCCUCAGAGGACUGCUUCUCUGAGGACUCCAACUCAUCUCCCUCGACCGGGUCUUCUUCUCCUGACUCCACGCCCGGUCAGGUUCCCAACUCCUCUAUUCCCGACCCGCAACCUGUUAAUCAGAUGCCCGGUGAAGUUUUCAUGGGGAGGGAUGACCCGGUUGAUGACGAACCGGGUCCCUACGACCCUGAAAACGAAACCCGGGAUGCGUGGGAGGAGCGGCUCCAUGCCGCCGGUUACUUUCCGCUCCCCACCUUCUACGUCCUUGACAUUCCUUCCCAUGUUUCCAAAAUUGCUUUGAACAAAAUCCGUAGGAGGCUCCCGGAUGGGUAUACCCUUCUGUAUGAACAUGACUGGCCCAAUAUUGUUGAACCCCACCGGGAGGAUAGGAUAGGGUUUCACACGAUUUCCCUAGACGCGGACAUCGUUUUUCCUCUUCGCCCCCUCCUAACCGAAGUAUGCCAUGCGUUUAGGAUUUUACCCGGCCAAAUAACUCCUAACACCCACCGGUACCUCCAUUCCUUUGUAAAUAUUUGCUCUCAACUGAAAAUCGAUCCCUCUUUGCGUCUUUUCCUUUUUUGUUUCGAAGUCCUACCGAGCGGGUCUGGCUGCGAAGGUUUUGUAUUCUUCAAAGCCCGUACCGGUAGGAAGUUCAUUUUCGAAGUCCCCCAAAGUAACCGGGGAUGGAAGGAAAAAUUUGUUUUCAUCGAGUUUCCCCCCUUUGUCACUCCUUUGGCCGGUCUGAAAUGGAACGACCAUCUCCUCGACCAAGAGUGUGAUGCACCGGCUUCCUCCCCUGACUUGGAAGCGAAUCUCGAGGUCCUCAUGCACGGGGAUCCUUUAACCGGGAGGAUCUUCCAUUAUGGCAGUUGGGUUUGGAGGGUGGAGUCGGGUGGUGAGGGUACCUCCCAGGCCCAUGAAGCAGCGGGGCGCGGGGUACCCUCCCCGGGCAACACUGCAGAGGCUAAGGGCCAGAACCACCCAGAUAUGGAGUUCGAGGAGUUUGCCAUCCCUGAUGACCAACCAGCGGGAGAGGCCGGGGGUUCCAAAGCCGGAACUGCCAAAACUUUCACGGUCCAACAAGAGACCGUGGAAGUCCAUGAUCUAGAUGAGCCAGAAGAUGACCGGUUGAAGGGCAAGGAGAAGAUCGGCCGGCGGAUAAAGAAGGUGGCCACCACUCACCCUUCUUUCGCCAAGAAGAGGCAAAGGGCUGACUCUGACAUGGGCUCACAAACCAUCGAGGAGGCCUUCGUCAACCUUGGGCUGAGGCUGAGGGAGGUUGGAGAAAUCGGACCCCUUACAGCUAACCGGCUAGGGUUAGGCUCUCCUUCGGAACUUGCCCGGCUGAAGAAGGAGAAAGAGGAGAUGGCUCUCAUCUUGAAGAGCCAAGCUGACGAGCUGACCAGGUUGUCUGGGCUGAACGGGUCUAUGAAGGUGGAGAUCUCCCAGCUGAAGGAAGAAAACUGCCGGUUACUCAAUGAAGUUUCUGGGGCGAAGCAGGAGAUGGCCCAGAAGGAAAAAGACUUCCCCGGUCGUGCUGCCGCAUAGGUGGGAGAGAACAAGGCUGAGGCUGCCCGGGUACUUACAGAGACUCCGGAGACGACCAUGGAAUCUUUCAGGCUGAGGGGAAUUAGAUGAUCACCGCGAUUGGAUCCUUUGGUUUCAAGAGCGGUCAGAAGAAAGACCGGAUUGCCUC